GCCUCCGCGUAUGUGUAUCUGUGUACUGUGUGCGCCUGGUACCCUGGGAGGACAGGAGAGGGUUUACAGACAGUUGUGAGCCGCCAUGUGAGUGCUGGCAGGUGACCCCAGGUCCUCUGCAGAGCAGCCAGAGUUCUUUAACCACUGAGCAGUCUCUCCAGCCGGGAACGAGUGUUGAAAGGCCCCACUAAGUUAAGAUUGAUUGAUACCAAGACAUAACUACUCUCAUAGAAGUUCCUCUUGUGCUCCAGUUUGGUUUGGUGUUAUGCAGUAUACGUGUGUGUGCAUGUGUAUUCCAGCACUGAAGGAGAGGCCACUUUUGAAAGUCAGUUCUCGGGGGCUGGGGAUUUAGCUCAGUGGUAGAGCGCUUGCCUAGCAAAGGCAAGGUCCUGGGUUCGGUCCCCAGCUCCAAAAAAAAAGAAAAAAAAAAGAAAGUCAGUUCUCUGCUCACACCACGUGGGUCCCAGGAUAUCAAACUCAUCAGGUUUAGCAGCCCCGGGAAGUUUUUCCCCCUCCCCAAGCGCUCUCCUGGCCCUGGGAAUAUUUUUUCAGUUUCUGUGUCUGAGUGUUUUGCCUGUGGGUAUGUAUAUGGCCCCCUGUGUGUGCCUUGUGCCUGCAGGGGUCAGGGGGCAUUGGAGCUCCUGGAACUUGAGUCACAGGAUUGUGAGCUACCACGUGGGCGUUGGGAACCCAACCCUGGUCCUCCGUAAAAGCAGUAAAAGCAGCUGGUGCUCCCGGCUCUGAAGCCUUUUCUCUGGACUUAGAUGUUUUGGGGAACAAAGAAGAAACGAUGGAGUCUACUCACUCUUGAAAGUUGGUGGUGAGAAACCAAAACUUCAGGAUGCUGAGGGCAGUGACUGGUGCUUUGGGACCGGCAGAGCUGGAUCUGAAUUCCUGGGCUUCUGUGUGUGGUGGUGUCAUUGUCUUAGGAAGCUGUUCUCAUUCUUCAAAUGGAACCAAUUCAUGCCUGCUUUGCAGUGCUGCCUUGAGGGUGCCUGAGGUGUGCUGUACCCUAGCUACACUGUAAAUGGGGAUUAAGGUUGAAAAACCGUUUUCAAAACUUUCUGGGGCUGGAGAGAUGGCUCUGAGGUUAAGACACUCACUGCUCUUCCAGAGUUCAAUUCCCAGCAACCUCGUGGUGGCUCACAACCAUCUGUAAUGGGAUCCUACACCCUCUUCUGGUGUGUCUGAAGACAGCGACAGUACUCAUACACAUACAAAAAUAAAUCUUCAAAAAAAUUAUUUACAAAAAAUCUUUCUGGCUUAAGAAGCUACAGCCAAGAGAAAGGCCCAGUGUGCUAAGGGCCUUGGAUGAGAAAAGAUGGGUGGUCUGCUGUCAUAGCUAAGGCGCUAGCCUAGUGUUCAGGAUUGCCCGAUUCCAACCCGAAGCGGGGUGUUAUGGCAGAACAGGAUCUUUGUGUGGUUGAUGGUGAUUUGUGAGGGAAUGGUGGAGUCUGUGGCGUGCCAUCAGGGAUGGGUAAGCCUGUCUAUACACUCCCAAGAACGGGGGAAACUUCACAGUCCCCUGUAUUUUGUAACUCACGCACGUGACCAUCUCAAUGUCCACGGAGUCAGCCUUGCUGGAGCCAGCACUGUGCCUCGCUUCCCUGUCCCCAUCACUGGAGGUGGCCUUCAGAACGCUGCGCCGGGUUUUCUCACGCGCAGGCUCGGAAUCGGCGGGUGGCCGCGGUUCCUAGCAACCGCCUGGCCUGCCAGCACCGGCUUGCAGAAAGUCCAGGGCGCCAUGGCUGAGCCAACCGUUGUCUUAACCUCCACCACAGUACCAAGAGAAGACCUGGGACGUAGGGAGUCGCUCCUAACGACUUCGAAAAAAGUCAAGAAGAUUACAGGCAUUGAGAGAGAAGGAUGGUGGAGGCUCACAGUGACGAAUACUCCAAUACCCGGUACUUACCAUUUAAGGACUUUUAUUGAAGAAGCCCUACUAAAUCCAGUGAGUAUAACCUACAAUUUUAAAAAUGAAGGCAGGAAAAGGAUCCCGCUUGUGCUGAGAAACGAUCCGGUCCCCACUGACCUCCCGCAAUAUAGUCCCCCUGACUUCCUGGAGUUGUUGAAGAAGCAAACGGCCUCGUACUCCUUCAAAGACAAGCCCCGCGCAGACCCCAGCACGCUAGUUGAAAAAGAUAAGUCACUCCAUCUUUGCCCGGGACAGUACGACACUCUUCCUGCACCGGUUCCCAAGAACUCAGCCAGGAGCUUCGUAUUUCGUUCUUCAGUUCAAAGAUUCCCACCAAACUAUUUCACUCCUCACGAGGGCCCUGGACCAGGGGACUACAACUUGAAACUGCCCCGAUCAGGAUCUAUCACUUCGUGUUUUAGAUCUAGGGUUCCCCGGUUCCUGCCUGUCGGUUCAGUAAGUAUUUCUGAGAGACACACUGUGUGGUGGUGGGCAGGGCGGGUGGAAGAGGGUCCUGUCACAUGCCACCACAGUGUUCUGGUUGUAUGUUGACUCGGUGACCACGUGCCUGUGUCUGGAAGCUUCUGACUUAGGACCGCCCUGGGCUCCAAGACUGUACUGAUUUCCAGAGCUGUGGGUUCUCUGAUCUGGCUAUUUGGGAUGACACUGACACUGUCACUGAUGUGAGCAAAGCAGGAAUCAACCACCCAGAACUGCCAUUCUGAGUGUGUGCACGUGGCUUCUGGAAGCUGACAGAAGUCAAAGGUGAAACGGAAAGAUUGUUCCUAAAGCAGAUAGGACCAUUACCUGGAAACAGAGUUUGCCAUUUCAGAGCUGGGUGUGAUGGGGCAGGACUUUGAUCCUCUGAGCGCUUGGGAGGCAGAGGAGGCAGAGCUUUGAGAAUUUGAAGCCAGGCUCUGUGUGUGUGUGUGUGUGUGUGUGUGUGUGUGUGUGUGUGUGUGUGUGUGUACGUCCAUGUAUGUGAACCACUGAUUUAGGGGAUCAUUAUGGCCUUUUUAAAGAUCUUUCCAGAGGACCAUGGCAUACAAUGUAGAUUGAGUUCCUUCCGCCUUAAAGGCAGGCCCACUGUGGUCACUCUGGAGGCUCUUAGGUAGCCCAAGCCUGGGAAUUACCACAGAAGAGAACACCUUGAUCACCUCAGCGGGUAGCCUUCUCUCUCUUACAUGGGAAGCCUCUCUCCUCCUGGUGAAAGCCCACAUGCUUGGGAAGUGUUUGCAGCUAGGCCUGCCAGCAGGCAGGGAUCUACUUGUCACUCUUUCCCAGGAUAAAGGCCCUGUCUGCGGGCUACAGGCAUCUGUUUGCAGAGCUGCCUUGUCCUAGAAACAUCUUCUUUUCUUCUUCAAAGUAAGUGUUUUCCUGUCCUGGGUGAUACAUCUGGGAUAGUUCUAGAGCCGGAGUGAGAGCUAUCAGCUCCGUUAACUCUGAGAGCUUUAGUUUCUAGGUAUUGGUUCUGAUUUGGGUACUUUGCAGUCAGUGACUGUUUGUGUCCUGCAUAUCAGAGUCACUCUUUUAGAAAAGAGCUCCAUCCAUAUAGAGGACCAAGUCACUCUUUGCCAAUGGAUGAUCUGAGAGAUGGGGACAAACUCGUGACAUGGGAACCUCCACAAAAGUGGGCAGACACCUCUUCCUCUUCCAGUAGAUGAGGAGUCUGCUAGCCAUCCAGAGAUUUCCCUUGGAAUCUAGAAUGUUCAUUAUGUUAUGAGGUGUUAGAAUUUAAGGGGACAGCCAAGAGAAAACAUUUUGGCUUCAGGAUUUAGGAGUACAACAGCCAUAGCGGCCCACAGGCACCUUUUGCCUCCUGAUAACCAAACCCCAAGAAAACUGAGCAAUCACUAGAAAGGGCAGAGUCCGCUCGAGUCCGGGGUUGCUGCUUUCUCUCUCUCUCUCUCUCUUUUUUUUUUUUUUCUUUUUUUUUCGGAGCUGGGGACUGAACCCAGGGCCUUGCGCUUGCUAGACAAGCGCUCUACCUCUGAGCUAAAUCCCCAACCCCGCUGCUUUCUCUUAAAGGAACAUUUUAGUGUUACCUGGCAAUAGUGAAAUUAGGGCUGGAGCAUCCUAGCGGGUGUUUGCAAAGUCACAGUCAGCAGCCUUUGAGGGGUGGUUUUGUGUGUGCACCACCCCCAGUCUCUGUCUGUGGGCUAGCCUGCCAGGUCUACACACUCACAUUGCAGCCCCAUUAAUAGCACUAAUGAAGGCUUCCGCUUCCCUUGACGUGUGGCCAGGACUUGAUUAGAUUUCCAGGCUGCUCCUCUGCUUUUGGCCAAGCAAACAUCCUGCCUGUAAAAGCAGCUGUUGUAGGCAGCUGAUGUCAUCUACCAGGCUGACUGCUCUGUUCCAUGCUCAGAGUGAUGCUGCUUCCACCCAUGGCCUCUCGGUGACAGGAUGAACAGCAAGGGAGGGCAGGCGUGUCCUCCAGGUAAGGACUGCGUUGGAGCCUACACGACGGCUGCGACCGGACGGCUGUGACCGGACGGAGCGCUGUCUGACUUGCCCGCCUACCAGGCAAAACCACUGGACAAAUUGGUAGCUUGGCACCAUACUGGGUCCUGGCACUAGGACUCAAACCCAGGCCUGCUGGAUCCUGAAACCCUCGUCAUCAUGACUGUCCUCUUCCUCCUUCCUCUUUCUGUGCGUGUGUAUGUGUAUGUACGCGUGCGCACGUGUGUGUGUGUGUGUGUGUGUGUGUGUGUACUGUGCAUGUGUGUUCAUGCACGAGUAUACCUGUGCAUGUGUAGGUCAGAAGACUGCAUUGGGUGCCCAUUUCUAGCAUUCCCUACCUCAUUCCUUUGAAGCACAGUGUCCCUGAGUGAAUUUUUCAGCUAAGAAGGCAGCCAGCCAACCCUAGACGUCUGUCCAUCUCGAGUUACGAGCACACUCACGGUCGUGAUUGCCUUAGUCCAUGGGUGCUGGGAUCUCAACUCCGGCCCUCAUGGGUGCCUAGCAAGUGCUCUUGACUGCUGGGCUGACUCCAGAGACCCCUUCUUCCUCACUUUUUAAAAGACAAAGACAGUUCGGUCUUGAUCUUCCUGUUUCCUCCUAAGUGCUCUGAUUACAAGGAUGUACCACCACGCCAGAACCCCUGCCCUUAACCGCUACACUGAAUGUGUGUGUAUCCCUCAUGGGAAGCAGUAACCAAGAGCUAAACUCUUGGUCUCAGGAAAGAACACGCACUUCUGCUUUAAAGUAAGACUUUGACCAAUUACCUGACAAAACGCUUUGUUCAGGAAUUUCCACAAAAACACAUGAUGUUUAACAAUGAGUACUCAGGUCGGUUGGGUGGUGAUGGCUCAUGCCUUUAAUCCAGCACUUGGGAGGCAGAGGCAGGCAGAUCUCUAUGUUCAAGGCCAGCCUGAUCUACAGAGUGAGUUCCGGGACAAGCUGGGCUACACAGAGAGACUUCCUCUUUAAAAACAAAAACAAAAAUAAAAACAAGAGGUACUCAAGCUAGCAAGAUGGCUCAGGUUAAGAGCCCUUGCUGUUCUUGCAGGGGACAGAUCAGGAGGCUCAGAACCACACACAUGUGCACAUACCCACACACGUGCACAUACCCACACAUGUGCAUAUACCCACACAUGUGCACAUACCCACACAUGUGCAUAUACCCACACAUGUGCACAUACCCACACAUGUGCACAUACCCACACAUGUGCAUAUACCCACAAGCAUACACAGAAGAGGCUGACUGUGAGAGUUCAUGGAGCCCACAAAGCAGGUUCAGACACACCUCCUCCCCUCAUGGGAAGCAGCCUGGGCUUCUGAUUUAGACAUGCCAUUGCAGAAGCCAUCUCUCCAGCCACUUGCUGCUAGACUAGGGGCUAGACCAGUAGACCUGAGUACUACUCCUGACUAGUAGUUGGGAGGAAGAUGGUGUCCUCUGUGACAAGAACUCCCUGGGCUAGUGCCACUAGGAGAAAUUGUGCUCUGAGGUCUCAGGAGAGAGUGAACGUGCCCUCACCCCCUGCUGGUGUCAGCAGUCACUGGCUUUCCUGCCCUUGUCUUGGCACCUCCCAGUCUCACGGUGACCCCCAAGACAUUCCUUCUCUCUCCCUUCAGGGAGUGUGUCAGCCUCAGCUCUUCUAGGAGUUAGACACAGGCACUUAGGGUGUCCAUCUCAUCACGCUCCACUUCUCUUGUCUGUUUCAGAAAACGCCAGGCCCAGGAGCGUAUACAUGUACAAGACAAUUCCCCAGACAGUCUUCAACCAUCGCCAAAAUGGGUAGAGAACAUAGCCUUUUCUUCAAUAACACAAUUGGCUUUUGAAAUAAAACUAUAUUGGUGCCAAGUUA